AUGGUUGUACCUGCAGAAAUGAAGACUAAUGGGAUUAUUGUACCUGCGGAAAUGGAAACUGAACCUAUUCAAGAUAUCCCUCCGUCAGAAGAAAAUGUCUCUACUUCAGCUUUCUAUCCUCAAGUAAGGAAUGAGCUUAAACCCUUCAAGGGUCAGCAAUUUAAAACAUGGGAAGAGGCACAUGUUUUUUAUACCAAAUAUGCAUUUGCAGCUGGGUUUAUUGUACGAAUUGGUUCCAUAAGGGAGGACUGUAAGGCGAGAAUGAUAGUUGUGAGAGACAAGUCUGGUGGAUUUGUAGUCAAUAUAUUUGAUGAAGCUCACACUCAUCCUAUGACAAGUCCAAAAAGACUCCACUUGCUGAAGUCCAAUCGUCGACUUACUAAAGCUCAGAGAUCAUUAUGGGAACAACUAUCCAUGGUAAACAUACCCACACACCAGCAAUUUGACAUUCUUGGAGUGCAAGCAGGAGGAUUUCAGUACAUUGGUUGUACACAACAAGAUUUGUACAAUCUUGAAAGGGAUAAGCGUAAAGAGACAAAAGGGCAUGAUGGAGAAAUGUUGCAUGACUACUUUCUGCUAGAGCAAGAAAAAAAUUCUGGGUUCUUUUUCACAAUAAAGGCAGAUGUUGAAAAUAGGAUUACUCAUUGUUUUUGGGCUGAUGCAAUUUCGAGACAGUCGUAUAAGUUUUAUGGGGGUCCUCCUAAAAUGAUCAUUACUGAUCAAGAUCCAGCCAUGGAAAAAGCUAUUUUUGAAGUCCUCCUAGACACAUUUCACAGAUAUUGUAGCUGGCAUAUCUUGAGAAAGUUUUCUGAGAAGCUUGAUGCAAUCAAAUUCAGAGAUCACUAUGAUGAAUUCAAAAAUUGCAUUUACUCAUCUGAGAAUGCAGAGGAGUUUGACUUCAAAUGGAAAUCAGUUCUUGCAAAAAGUGGAUUAAGUGGACAUAAGUGGCUGCAAUCAAUUUAUGAAAUUCGGUUUAGAUGGGUGUCGGCUUAUAUGAACCACAUUUUCUCAGCUGGCAUGUCAAGUAGUCAACGAGCAGAAAGUACGCAUUCUUUUUUUAAGGAUUAUGUUUCUCAUAAAAAUUCUCUAGUGGACUUCAUGGUUCAGUUUAGUCGGGGUCUUUUACACAAACGGCAUGAGGAGUUGAUUUCAGAUCACAUUGACAUCAAUGAGAAGCCAAGAUUUAAGUGCCCCAGUAAGAUGGAAAAGCAAAUGGUUGUUAUUUAUACACGGAAGUACUAUUACAUAUUUCAAGAUCAGUUGUGGGAGAGCUACAGUUACAAUCUUGAGGUCACAAAGGAGGAUGAAACUAAUUGUAUACUUAAGGUUAUGCGUCAGGAUCGUGAGGAUGGAAGAGCCCGAGUCAUUAGGUAUGACAAAUCAAAAGAUUUUGCCUCAUGUAGCUGCAAAUUGUUUGAGAGUGCAGGAGUCCCAUGUAGACAUGUUCUAGCACACUUACACAAGUUACAUCAAGUUCAUAAAUUGCCAUAUCAAUACAUUUUGAAGAGAUGGACAAAAUCUGCAAGAUCUGAGGUUGUGAUGGACAAGAUUGACAUGGAGAUAACUGUUAGGAAGUCCUUACUUGAAAAACAUGGUCUACUGUUCCAACAAUAUUCACAUGUAAUUGAUAGCGUUGUCUUAAGUGAAUAA